UACUAUUUGUUUACGUUUACUUCUGAAUAAUCGGAAAAGAAUUUUGACCAAUAAAAUGGUACCACAUCACCAGCGGAUCUACAACAUGGCGGCCCCCAUUAACAUGUGGUGGAUAUUAAUUUGGGCCUGUAUUACAGUGGCGUUUGCCAAACAGAAACCUGUUACUGUGUCCCUCAAUGCCAAAUGGUCUUCCACUCCACUGUUACUUGAAGCCAGUGAAUACAUAGCGGGAGAAAGCAAUGACAAGUUCUGGGAAUUUGUGGAUGGUGUUUCUGCCUUAACCCCAGAACAAGUUCAAUCAGACACAGAACAGUCCAAUUACCACUUAAUUCAAAAGUACGCUGCUAAAGUGUUGUCCCCGUUGCACGUACGACUGAUGAAAUUCUCCCUAUCUCUACGCAGCUUCUCCCCAGCAAUUGAAAAUUUCCAGCAGAUGUCCAAAGAGGAACCAGCCCCAGAAGAAUGUGACAUGUUUGUCAGCAUCAAUGGAGAAAAAACUUGUGAUGUCAGCAAGGUUGAUGAUGUCAUCAAAACAGCAGCAGACAAAACAAAGACCCCUGUGUACAAGUUUGACCAUGUCUACCCAGGAACAGCAAAUAAGGAUGUAGUGGCUGCCUUAUAUGGAGAACUCGGAAAACCUGGUUUUAGUGAAUUGCAUGAAAAACUUAAAUCCCUGUCAAAACAGAAAAAAGUAACAUAUGUGCUACGACAUUUUGUGAAGAGUCCCUCAGAGAAGAAAACCCGACUCUCAGGGUAUGGUGUGGAACUUGCCAUUAAGAGUACGGAGUACAAGGCAAAGGAUGACACCAAAAUAGAAGGGGAUGGAACCAAUGUAGAUGAAGAGGACCAGCUAGAUGAUGAAGUUCAAGGAUUUGACUUUGCUAAACUGAAAGAACUCCAUCCUGAUCAGAAAGAGGACUUGAGGAAAUUGAGAAACCAUUUGAUUUCUUCCUCAUCGGAGUUAGCAGCACUGAAAGUCUGGGAGCUUCAGGAUUUAAGUUAUCAGGCUGCCCAGAAGGUUUUGAAUGCCGACCCAGAGGAGCAGAUAAAGGUUCUCCAGGACUACAGCCAGAACUUCCCAUCCAGAACAAGAUCUUUGGUAAAAGUUCAUGUAAAGAAUGACAUGAAGAAUGAAAUCAAUCAAAAUAAAAAGGUAUUUGAGAGUGCCUUGAGCUUGGGGGCAGGAGAAUCAGCCAUGUUGUUGAAUGGUAUUCCUGUAGAGAUGGAAGUUUACGAUGUUUACACCCUUCUCGAUCUGAUGAAGUCCGAGGCGAGGCUAAUGGAGGGACUGUUCUCACUAGGAUUCAAGGGAGCAGAGUUAGAAAAGUUCAUGCGGUUAGACUUAGGAGGCGACUCAAAGGAGUUUGCUUUGGACAUACGACACACUGCAAUCCAGUUUUUAAAUGACCUUGAAAAUGACCAAAAGUACAAGAACUGGCCAAAAAACAUACAAGACCUGCUCAGACCGACCUUCCCAGGGAUGCUCAGACACGUGGCCAAGAACAUAUUCCAUCUGGUCUUCUUUGUGGAUCCAACAAGUAAAACAGACAUAGAACUGAUCAAAAUGGCUGAGGCUUUCCUUGUUCACAGUGCUCCAAUCAGAUUAAGCGUAGUAUUUGUGGUGAACUUUGACCAGGAUGCAGAUCCCAAGGAAGAUGCCAGCGUUGCCAUCUCCAGAGCGUUUGACUACAUCAGACAAGAACAUACUUUCCCCAAAGCUCUAUCAUUUGUCACAGAUAUUUAUGAAAAAGCAAAGGGAGAGGAAAUUACUGCAAAGAUGGUGAUGAAAGAACUGAAAAAGAAGUAUUCCGACACGGAUGUUACGGAAGUGUUCGGCAAAGAUAAUGAUGAAUAUGACGUCCUCAGAAUAGCAGCAAAAGAUUACAUAGAGAGGUCCGGACUGGCAGAUUUCCCCCAGGUCUUGCUGAAUGGCAUCCCCCUGAAGAAGAAUUACCUGACGGAGGAUACCUUUGAAGAGGGUGUGGUGUCCCAGAUAAUGGCCCAGACCCCUGACAUACAAAGGGCCGUCUACCAGGGAAAUCUCCAUGACUACAUGAAUGUACUGGAAUAUUUAAUGGAAAAGGAACAUGUUCUACCAAGGCUGAACUCAAGAGUUCUCUCCCCUCCCACACAAACCUUGGACUUCUCUUCAUCUAUAGAUGACUCUCUGACUCUUGAUAGUCUGUACCAGAAAACCUCAGGCCAAAUCACAGCCAUCACAGCUCAAGAUAUGAAAUAUCUCAGAAGAAAAGACGAAGAAAGCCUGACACCUGUCACUGUGUGGGUCGUGUGUGAUGUGGAAACUCCCAAAGGGAGAGAACUGCUAUAUUCUGCCAUCAGACAACUUAAACAUUCACAUGAGAUGAGACUGGGGGUGGUAUUCAACCAUGACUCGGUGCUGACCAGUGAUCUGGCGGUGACUAAGGCGGUGUAUGUGGCACUGCAGAGCCUGGACAACAACCAUGCCAAGAGUCUGAUCACCAAACUCAUCAAGGAGGAGAAUGUGGAGGCACUCAAGUCAGGAGACAAGAAGAUAGAGGACCUAGAAGUUCAUGGAAUGGACAUGAAGAGCUACAUGGCGGCCCUGGAGAAACAAACCACAGACUUCCUGAACCACCACGGCAUGUUCGUCCGGAACGUCUUGGGCUGGGGGGAGGGGGAUAGGGGUCUGGUGGCCAAUGGAAAGGUGUGUGGGCCAUUAGACGAGGAUGAGAAAUUCACCACUGAAGAUGUGGAUCUGUUGACGAAGGUGGAAUACCAGAAUGUGGCCAGGAGUAUCAAGACACAGAUGAUGCUGAUGGGCAUCGACGGCAGCAGAGGAAGUGAGCUCAUCAUGAAGAUAUCAUCACUUUUGUCAUCUAAAACCUCCACAACAGAGAGGAAAGAACUAAAUGAACUGAAGGAUCAGCACAGUGCAAUAAAGCUCCCAGCAGAUCCAGACACGCCGGCUUACCAGAUUGAGGUUGUCCUUGACCCAGUCUCUCAGGAAGCUCAGAAAAUUGCACCUAUGAUCAAGGUGCUGAGAGAAGUUGUCAAUGUGGAUGUGAAGAUAUACAUGAACUGCAGGGACAAGCUUUCAGAGAUGCCUGUGAAAAAUUAUUAUCGCUAUGUGUUGGAGCCAGACCUAACCUUCAGACCUGAUGGUAGUUUGACCUCUGGCCCAGUAGCCCGCUUCACUGAUCUCCCACAGAAGUCUAUCCUGACCAUGGGGGUCAAUCCCCCAGAGAGCUGGCUGGUUGAGUCCGUGAAGGCCCCCCAUGACCUUGACAACUUGUUAUUGGAGGAGGUGGAAAGUGGAGUCAAUGCAGAAUUUGCUUUGGAGUAUAUAUUGAUAGAAGGUCACUGUUCAGAUGUCACAACUGGUCAGCCUCCCAGAGGAUUACAGUUCACACUGGGUACUAACGCCUCCAAACCAUCUGUGGAUACCAUUGUUAUGGCUAACCUGGGUUACUUCCAACUAAAGGCUAACCCAGGAGUGUGGUUCCUGAAUCUGAGAGAGGGAAGAUCCAGAGACAUCUAUGAUAUUGCAGGGCAUGAGAUGACGGACACUCCACAGGAAUCAGACGAUGUAGUGGUGUCCAUCAACAGCUUCAAGAGUAAAAUCAUUAGGGUCAAGGUGGAGAAAAAGAAAGAUAAGAUGUCAGAACAGCUUUUAAAGGAUGAAGAUGAUGACAAGAGUAUCUGGGAUUCCAUAUCCAGCUCAUUCAAACCAAAGGAAGAAACGGAAGAAAAAGUGUUGAAUAUUUUCUCCCUAGCUUCAGGACUUAUGUAUGAGAGACUGAUGAGAAUUAUGAUGCUUAGUGUCAUAAAACACACAGAAUCCAAAGUGAAAUUCUGGUUUUUGAAGAAUUAUCUUUCACCUUCUUUCAAGGAUUUCAUCCCUAAAAUGGCCAAGGAAUAUGGCUUUGAAUAUGAACUUGUUCAGUACAAAUGGCCAAGAUGGUUAAAUCAGCAGAAAGAAAAACAGAGGGUCAUGUGGGGAUACAAGAUUUUGUUCCUGGAUGUGUUAUUUCCCUUGGAUGUUAAGAAAUUCAUAUUUGUUGAUGCUGAUCAGGUUGUGAGGACAGAUUUACAAGAGCUGAAUGACCUUGACCUGGAAGGGGCCCCGUAUGGAUACACACCUUUCUGUUCAAGCAGGAGGGAGAUGGAUGGAUUCAGGUUUUGGAAAUCAGGAUAUUGGGCAAGUCAUUUAGCAGGAAGAGAAUAUCAUAUUAGUGCCUUGUAUGUUGUGGAUCUGAAAAAAUUCCGGCGCAUUGCGGCAGGGGACCGUCUCAGAGGCCAAUAUCAGGGACUGUCUCAGGACCCAAACAGUUUGUCUAAUUUGGACCAAGAUCUGCCUAACAACAUGAUCCACCAGGUGGCGAUCAAAUCGCUACCACAGGACUGGUUGUGGUGCGAGACCUGGUGCAGUGAUGAGUCCAAGAAGACGGCCAAAACUAUAGAUCUGUGCAAUAAUCCUCUAACAAAGGAGCCCAAGUUGAAAGCAGCACUGCGUAUAUUACCUGAAUGGAAGGAAUACGAUUAUGAGGUGAAAGUGUUAUGGGAUAAAGUGUAUAAUACAAACACGAGACUACAGGUCGAAUACGAGCCGCCAAAUAUAGACGAGACCAAGAUAGGUUCAACAUUACAUUCACAUGAUGAGUUAUAAUAAAUGUGUCACUCUAGUGACAUUUGUUUGAAAGGUCAUAUUCCUUACACUUAGUACUUAGAGGAAGGAAAUGGAUGGACCACAUUGUUUUUGUUACAAACUUAAUAAUUUCCAAAAAUUGCAAUUACUGAGUAAUUCUUUUUAAGGUGAUCUCGAUGCUCGAAAGAAAGUGUGUCAUAUAUUUAAAAGUUUCUUCAAACUGUAUACAUAUUAUUGUUUGAUACAAUUUAGUUACUGUGGGUAAUGUGGUUAAAUUAUGUGUGCAUGAUGGAAAAAGGGAUAAUAAAUAAUCAUGAUUGUAUCUACAUAAAAUGAAAAUUAAAUGUCGUGAAGGUGUGUUACAUGUACUUCAAGUAAUGUAGUCUAUAUUCAUCAAGCCAUGUAAAGGAUAUUUGAUUUGGGGAUGCAUUAAUUUUCAUGACUUUUGUCUUGGUUUUUACAAGAAAAUUGUGUCAUUUUCUUUCAUCUGAUCUGUGUUUGUGAUAUCAGAUUGAUAUGUACUCCAUAUUUAAAUGUGUGCUGAAUGAGUGUGAGAAUGUGUUGAAAUUCAUCUUCCAGUGCUGUACAUGUAAGUGUGAAUGAGUCUUAGUUAUUGUCUUUUGAAAACUACAUUUCAUGUCAGCUUUGUCCAAAGUCAUGCAAAUUCACAGAAAAUUGUAAUAUUUUUAUCAUUAUGGUAAAUAUUAAUGAUUUUGAACAGUUUACUUUAGGAAGAGUAAGGUUGUUACUUGUAAUACCUAGUAGAAUUUAUUUUUACUUUUUACUCCAAAUACAUUGCUUGAUAAACAAUCCAAUUCAUACGUGGAAAAAAUGAUAAAUGAUGGUGUAAAUGCAGAAUGAGAGGAAGAGGUAAAUGCAGAAAGAAUGGAAGAAUAUUGUAGCCUAAACUGUUGGUAUGUGGUGGUACAUGUUUAUGCGGUGCUUUGCAAACAGACUUUGUUGUUUACAGAAAUGUACAUAACCAUGAAUACAUUAUGUUAAAUCUAAAAGUACAUAAUAUUUGUACAGUUUCUGGAAUGACAUUAGGUGCUAGAGUAAGAUGUCUUAUUUACCAUAUACAUUCAUUCUGUUUGCAAUUUUAGGGGAAGCUAAAAAUUUUCAUUAUUUUUUUUUUUUUUUGUAAUUUUUAAUUUAAUUUGAUUAUUCAAUUGCUACCGGGGUAUCUGUUUAAUCUGAAGUUUUAAACAUCUGACAAUGUAAGAAACAUUAGACAGUUGCACAUUUUCUGUUCAAUGUAGUAUGUUUUUAAAAAGAUGAAAUUCACUGUUACAGUAAAACAUGCUUUUAACAAAGUGCCGGGGACGGGCGAUUUUGCUUUGUUAUAAAUGUACAUGUAAUUUGUUAUAUCCAUUAGUUUCACAAUAUGUUUAAAACUCACGGGGAAUGAAAAUAACUUCAUUACAAGCGUCAAUUCAUUAUAAGUACAUUCGCUUUUAGCAUGUUUUACUGUAUUUUGUUGUGGCAAUACUAACAUGUAGUACACAUACUGUACCUCACUGUAGAAGACUGCAUUUCAGUUAGAAUUUAGUUUUUGAAAUGUCUCAAGGUUGCAAAUUUGGCAUAACAUGUAUAACACUAAGCAGUAAGUUGUUCUUAUACUUCCACAGAAUUUUCAGGUUUAUCAUAUUUUGCAAUUUUCAAAUUUUGUCAACAUUAACCACAUUUGCUAAAGUAUUUCAAAUUCUUGCAUUUGAGACAAAUGUUUGCAUGCAUCCACAAUUUCACGUUGUGAGAAAGAGGUGAUGAUGAUCAUGAUGAUGACAGUAAAGAUUUAUUUUGUAUGAAAGUA